CUCUCUUUCUCUGUCUCUCUAUCGCUCUUUCUUCUCUUCCACCAUAUGUGUUCUAAUCUCUCUGCUCCUAGCUCGAUCUCCGUCGGACCUCGUGUUCUUGGCCUUCCCUUAUACCCUUUUGUCGAUUUGAAAAAGCCAAGAGCUCUCUUAUUCUUCCUGCUUUUCUCAAUUCGUUGUCUCCUUUCUGCUCGGUAUUACGAGUUUUUUCUUCCGAGUUGCCCGACUUUCUUAUAACUUAAAAAAAAAAAAAAAAAAAAUAACCAGCGUCUAAGCUUAUUUAGAAUGCGACCAGAAGGUAGAAUUAGUGAAGAAUUACGAUAAAGAUCGAUUUUUUUUCCUCCGUACCAAUGGCGUCGGAGGCAAUGGAAGGGGAGAUAGAGGAGCUUUCCGGCCGGAUACAGGGCUGUCCGAGAGACUUCUUGAGGCGAUUUGGAGGUAAUAGUUGUCAUGAGGAGCCACCGGUGGUGGUGGCGGCGGCAGGAGAGGAGGUGGAAGAGAUUGAGCUUAGUCUCGGGUUGUCUCUAGGCGGUCGCUUUGGAGUGGAGCCCAAAGAACAAAGGAGGCUUGUUCGGUCAUCGUCGAUCGCCACCCUGUCGAUGUUCCCAUCGGAGAACGAUUUCCCGGUGGCUGCUCCCCCCACAAGGGCGUGCUCCCUGCCGAUGGAGGCUGAGGAGGAGCACAGGAACAGGAAGGAGAUGCAGAGCUUGAAGAGGUUGGAGGUCAAGAGGAAGAGAUCAGAGAAGAGAAAUUUGUCGAAGUUGGCGGCGAGAGAUCAGAGGGAGGAGAAUUUUAAUGAGGGAACGAAUGGUGGGCACGGUAGGGUGCUCCCCCGAUCGGCAUCGACCGGGACGGGUGCUCGGCAAGUAGAUGCAUCCAGAUGCUUCAGACCAGCAUCUCAGUGGUCCAUCGGAUCACAGGGGAGUAGCUCCUCUGGCAUGUCCAAUUUCGAGAGCCAGAUGCUGCAAGGAUCAAAUGGUGGGGCACGUGAAGAGGUAGAAGAAUCCUGGAAGAAGAUUGGAGGGAGAGCAAGUUGGGUGAGGGAAGAGAUGGAGGAGAUGCCACGUGUGUCCACAAGGGGGGAUGGUCCAAAUGGGAGAAGGAUCGAAGGGUUGCUGUACAGGUACGGGAAAGGGAAGGAGGUGAGGAUUGUGUGCGUGUGCCAUGGCAGCUUCCUCACGCCCGCAGAGUUUGUAAGGCAUGCCGGAGGUGGGAAUGUGGCUCACCCCCUCAGGCACAUUGUUGUCUACCCAACCCCAUCAGCCUCCUUGUGAUGGUGGUGGUCACCCUUAGUUACCCAGGAUAAUAGCCAAACCCAAAAAAAAGCCUUGUUCCAAGAAUGUGGAUCUAUAAAAAGAAUAUCCAGUCAAGAAAAAGCCUUUCUAUCUUUAUUUUUAUUUGAUCAUCCAAUUAGCCAAGUGACUGAGUAUCCUACAUUAAACCGGUCAUUUUGAGAUCCACUAAUAAUAACUCUUUUUAACCCUGAGCUGUCCCUUGUCCUACUAACAGCUACAAGUACAACUGUAUCAAGGAUAAAUUUAUCAACAUGAUCUGAACAUUUUUUUUUU